GUGGCCGAAGUGAACAGAAGGACAAGUGGCAAGGGAAACGAGUUUAAAGGGUAAGCUCACUCGAUCUUUGCUUUCUGUUUAGUUGUGGGUUUUAAUGCUUGAUUUUGAGAUUUGGUUGUUGCUGAAAUUGCACUUUGCAGAGGAGAAUAUACAAGGGCCGAGGAGGGAGGUUUGCAGCCAAGCUUGUCGAGGGUGUGAAAUUCUAAGGCAAUGCGCGUUCAGAGUUACGUGACUAAGCAAGGACUUUACUGAGUAAAAGGUCAGUGAGGUUCACCAACUCGACAGAUGUUUACCAAUGAUAGGAGGCAAGAAGAGCGAACUGGAAGAUAUGGUACGUCAAGGCUGCAAUACCUUCAGGAAGUGGUGACUCAAUUUCAGAGUACUACCAGUGAAGAAUCAAAAGAGAAGAUUGUUGCUAAUCUGGCCAACUUUGCUUAUGAUCCUUACAAUUAUACCUAUUUGCGCCAGCUCAAUGUGGUGGAACUUUUUCUGGACUGCAUAACAGAACCAAAUGAGAAGCUUGUGGAAUUUGGGGUAGGCGGAAUUUGCAAUUGUUGCCCUGAUCCAGCCAAUGCAGCAAUUGUCACCAAGAGUGGUGGGAUACCCCUUGUUAUUCAAUGUCUAUCAAGCCCUGUUAGAAACACCAUGAACUAUGCAAUUGGAUCACUUUAUUAUCUCUGCAACACAUCUAAUAAGGAAGAGAUUAUGAAGCCGGAAGUUGUUGACAUCAUGAAGAGAUAUGCUGCUGCUGAAGGAGCAAGUGUCAACUUCAGUAAUCUGGCCAAGGCAUUUUUGGACAAACAUGUUUCCGAAAAUGAACUUGGAGACAAUUGUAGGUCUGUGGUUAGAUGAAACUGUAUAUUAA